AUGGUAACACAACACUAUGGUAAUGCAAAUGAGACUAUUGAGAAAGAUUGUAUAUUUAGCCCCCUGGCGAGGCGCGAGUCUACAGCAGCUCAGCACCUGCUACAUAAAGGGCCAGCCAGCUCCUGGAGGCAGUUCAGUUCCAGUUAUGUCGAGUUCGGAUCCAGUUACGUGGAGUGCCUGACGAGUUUCCGCGGGAGUGCGUUUUUCUUCGUACUUACGCCUGAAGAUUUAUUUAAUUAUUUAGAUUUUAUUUCUUCUUUAUUCUUCUAUGGUUUUUGA